GUCACGAGGAAUUCUAGUCGACUUGGAAAAAAAAAAAAAAAUCAGGUCAUGUGAAUGGUUUCAUUUCGCUGUGGUUGAAUUCACGAAAGAUUAGAGCGGAUUUGAAGCGUCUUCGGUCACUAAAACGCCCCCGUAUUUGGGGGCAAAUUGGAGUCGUUUGUACCCCUUACAUACAGUGUGUGUACAAAGCAUUAAACAUUGAAGGUAAAAAAAAAAUCAACCCUUACUGUGCAGAGAGACAAUUCAAUUCUAAACCGGUGCUUUGUGGGAUUCGCAGUACAAGUUCCACUGCCGAAAGAAGUUCCCAUCCGUUGUUGGUUCCCGCAAACGUGCGCCGAGUUGUGAUAUUCCCGAUGGUCCCUGAAGGCAGCCGCGGAGGAAGAAGGAAGCCUGGAAACGCUGUGACAAAGCUAACGUUGUCCGUGUAGCGCUAAGCCCUGUGAACGCAUCAGCUUUGUCAACAUGCACUCAAAUGUUUGUCUUAGCGGGCUGCCGUCUAAUCUUUACCUCGCAGCCUCCUCAAAAGCGUGUUAGCAAAUUUACAAUGCAAUGUUUUAACGAGCCGAGCUAGCCAAGCUGGCAUACGUUUUUCUCGUCGUAGCCGCAACCAGUUGACCAGCUAACCAGAACGAGUUGUUGUUAGCUUAAGCUAGCUUGGUGAAUAUGGCGAUUGUGUCUGGCUCCUGUGCCAGGGUGAACGGGUCUAGAAAUGGGCCCUCUGUGUCAGCUACACCUUCUGCAUCCGUCGGGCAGUCUCAGCCCAUGAUAGCGGUGUGGGAAUGGCAGGAUGACCUGGGCUAUUGGCGGCCUUACAGCGGCCAAGUGAGCGCCUACAUCGAGCGGUGUCUGUCACCGCGGGGCCAGAGAGGAGGAGGAGGACCCGGCUCAACGAGCAUAUGCCUCGGACAAUCAGACCCCAGCCUGUCGCCUUAUCUCAUCGACAUACCGAGCUUGAAACAGUUUCGGCAGGACACGGGAAAGACACGGUCAGUGCGUCGGUCCCUGUUUGCCCAGUCCUCAGGCCUCGGCAGUGGUGUUUACUGGGAAUGGGUCAAUGACGAAGGAGGAUGGACUCCAUACGAGACUCGAACCUCUAUACUUUUGGAGCACAGCUAUCAGGCCCGCCAAGGCACUGCAGAUUUGGGCCCUCAUGGAUACAAUUACAUAGUAGAUCUCACAUCUCUAGCCCAAGUGAACAAAGCCACAGGCUUCAGACGGCAGGUGCGACGCCAGUGUAACCUCCCAUACCCACUGGCCUCCUCUGGCCCCCCGGCCAUACCCUCCGGACCCGCUUGCUCCUGCCAGCAGUGUUUGAGCCACAGCAGCACAGGACCCAUGCCCAGCCGUUCACGACAUUCCUUUUCAUCGGGGAGUCUGAACCGGCCCAGCCUCCAAGGGACAGGGAGGGCUGCAGCGGCCCACCCCACGUCUGUCUACUCGCCGUACCCUAGGAGACCCCUCUCUGUUGGGGGAAUGUCUUGGGGUAGCCCCUGGCCUCCACCACCCUCUGGUAGUCAACUGUCUGCACCGCUUCUGACCAGCUCUACCAGUGCAAACGGGCUAAGUGUUCCCUCCAUCUCUGUGCCACUGAAUGGAUCAACCAGCGUGAGCUCUGCCCUGGCAGGCAUGGCCUCCAUUUUGAUGUCAGCAGUGGGACUCGGCGUGCACUUCACCACUGCCCCCCUCCCUCAGCAGCAGCAGCAGCAGCAGCAGCAGCUACAGCUACAGCAGCAGCUACAGCAGCAGCCGCAGCAGCAACCUGCUCCUUUCUCUCUUCCUCCUCCUCUCCUCCCCCCAGCCAGCAGGCCCAGCAAGCCCCACAGCAGCAGCAGCAGCAGCAGCAGCAGCAGCAGUUCAGUUAGGAGAGCAAAGAGGCAGCACAGGAGAGCCUCAGCUCAGAGACCUGAGGAGGUGAUUCAGCGCUACAUGGAGGUGGUGGGUGGAGUGCCGGAUGAGGACUGCAUUAUCUGCAUGGAUCAACUGUCCAAUCCAUCCGGCUACGAGACACUGUCCACAGAGGAGGGAGGCCAGAGCAUCCCGCCAGACACUGUGGGGAAAUUCAUCAAAUGUGGACACACCCUGCAUAUGCUCUGCAUGCUGGCCAUGUAUAACAACGGAACAAAGGACGGCAGCCUGCAGUGCCCCUCGUGUAAGACAAUCUACGGAGAGAAGACCGGCACCCAGCCCAAAGGCAAGAUGGAAAUUUACAGCAUCGCCCAGUCGCUGCCAGGCCACCCAGACUGUGGCACCAUCCAGAUUAUCUACAGCAUACCUCCUGGCAUGCAGGGCCCGGAGCAUCCCAACCCAGGACAGCCAUACACCUGUAGAGGCUUCCCUCGCUUCUGUUUUCUACCAGACAACGACAAGGGCAGGAAGGUGCUGGAGCUGCUGAAGGUGGCGUGGAUGCGCCGCCUCAUCUUCACCGUGGGUACGUCCAGCACCACCGGAGAGCCCGACACCGUGGUGUGGAAUGGCAUCCACCACAAAACGGAGAUGAUGUCCAACUUGUCGGGCCACGGCUACCCCGACCCCAACUAUCUGGACAAUGUUCUUUCUGAGCUGGCCUCUCAGGGCGUGACAGAGGACUGCCUCAAGCCCCCAGGCGGCGGCAGCGGCGGCAGCAGCUAGGUCACAGCACCCAGCUUCACACACUUCCACUCACUGCUGACCGCUGAGCUAACCCUUCAGAAUCCACCUCUGUGGCCCAGGUGGACCUCCUUCCAUCACUGUCUGUUGUUUUAGUGUAAGUCGGCGUCCGCCCAGAUCUCAUUGAGUGAGCUAAGGGGGGGAGUGAGCUGAAUAAAGGUCUCGGAGCUUCUCUGGAAGGGUGCAGUGGAGCGCUCGCUCAGAAUGGUUAACGCACCACUACAUUCCCUCUCAUCACAUAUUCCAGGAGACUGAUCUCAGAGAAGAACGGGGCUCCUCUUACUCUGAGCAUCUUUUAACAGACCUCCACAAACUGGAGAUUGUGUUUUUUUUUUUUGUUUGUUUUUUUGUUUCUUCCAUAAAGCCUCAUCUGUAUCCCCUUGUCCAGUUACCAUGGGAAUGGCAGCUUACACCGGGGAUAAAAAUCUCAUUAAGCACUUUAGUUGUGACAGUGCAUUUAGCUGGUGUGUGUGAUUUCCCAGUAAAGGGCAGUUAACUUGUUGCAAAUUGGGAAGUUAUGCAAUUAAAGCGUACCUUAGUAGCAAAGUGAGUAUAUAUUAACCUAUUUGAUGAGAAGGGGCAAUACUUUACCGUUGUACAUAAAGAAAAAAAAUUAAAAAAAAAUGAAUGAAUGAAACAAAAUUAUGUAAAAAAAAAAAAAAUUAAACAGGUUGUGUCCACAAAUGCCAGUUGAGGAGGAUAAAGUUGUAUAUUUUUUAUCAUUUAACACUACUUCCAAUUUGACCAUGUGUUUCUAUAUUUUAUUCCCUUAACUAAUUUGAUAGGCAGAUGUCUAAUGCACUCACAUGGUGAUUAUUCAUGUUUUGAAUUUGCAGUCACCGUGCCUGCGGACGUUCUGCAGGCAUUGUGUUUUGUCACUUAAUAUGUCACGGUUUGUGUUUGCCAUGUUUGUUAGAAGGGACAAGGUUACGUGGUUAUACAGCUUGACGACCUCAAUCCUUUUGCCCAAAAACAGAUGGGACGGAUCGCUGAGAUUGGAGGGGGAGAAAAGAGAGGGGGAAAAAAAAAAGAAAAAGCUCUGGUUAAGAAAAUUUUACAGUGUGACAAUCAAGGUCAUCGAACUCGUCUUGAUUAAACAAGACACGUGAAGCCGUGGCGAGCAUGUUGAUGGUCCCACCGGCUGCAAACUCACCUCCUGCAUUCACAUGCAUUAUUCUGCUCACAAUACUGCAGUACAGUCGCUGGACUGAGUUUUGACAUGUAUACAGGCAAAACUGAAAAAAAAACAAAAAAGUCUCUGCAAUAAAGAAAUAAGGCAAAACGAA